AUGUAUAUUCAUAAAUUAUGUAAGCAUUAUCCUGUGCUUCGCAUUGUUGAUGAAAUUUCACUACCUUUACUGGAGAGUGGUCUUGCACGAUUUUCCACUCUUCAAGCAGUGCUACCUUCGAUCCUAGCAUUCGAUGCAACUUCGCAAGAAGCAGCCCAAAGAAGUCAGAAAUUACUACGAAUUUCUCAGUUACAAAUAGAGCAUUUGUUGAAUUCACAACAUCAUUUAUUGCAAAAAGUUGCAAAGCUUGAUGAAGAACUGAAAAUCAGAAGAAAAGAAGUGAAACAAUUGAAGGCAAACGCCGUCCAAGAAACUGCAUCGUUCUUCCAAGUAAGUUAUGCUUUUGGUCUCCUUAAUGAAUAACG